AUGGAUAAUAAUCACGGUACUCAUCGGCCUGGUACCGAAUACCAGGAUAUACGAACGGGUCAUGUAUUGAAACCUAGUAAAUUUCUCAGCGCAUUGAGAAUCUUGCAACUUCUUCCCGCGCUUGCGAUAUUAGGGUUGGCGGGUUUCGUGGUGACGUUUAUUGGGUAUUCGGGGGCGAUUUUAGAUCUUUUCGUCCGCAACAAUCUUAAAAUCUUCUACAUCCUCCUCUCUACUCAUCGUUUCACAAGCAUCUACAACUACUGGGCCAUCGCCUGUCUCGAUAUUUUCCUCGUCGUUUUCUGGCUCGCGGCUUGGAUUACUUCCGCCGUACAGGUGCGUCGUUAUCGUGGCCGAUUCAACUACUAUGGAUGCGGGUAUUACUUUUGUAGACGCGAUCUAUUGGAAUUGGAAGAGCGAGAUGAUUUGAGUGAUGGAUUGGCAAAGAGAGCUAGCACUAGCUAUUCUACCUUUAGAGGGGUGUAUAUUGCGGCUGCGGUGUUAGCUGCUGUUGAAUUCGUCCUCUUCAUCAUAACCUUCGCCGUUACCAUGGGUAAAAUCCUUUCUCAUCACGACGAUGGCCAUCACAGUGCGGCCUCCCACAACCAAAAAACCACAGCAAUGGAAAUGCAAACUCCGGGUCAAACAGGCCAUGUAGGACAAACAGGUCCUAUGCAAACGGGUGCUGCGGGUCCAAAUCCUGCGAACCCUGUUGCUCAUCAGGGUGUGAAUGAACCGGGGUAUUCUGGAAACGCUGCUCAGAGGGUUUGA